AUGCAGUCGUUUGGGGAGGUCGGCGGCAUGAACGUGACGAUCAAGGACCUGACCUACAGCGUGGCAAACCACGCGUCAAAGAAGCGGGAGACCAUAAACCUGCUGACGGGGAUUACGGGGUUCUUCGAGCCCCGAGCCAUGUCUGCGCUCAUGGGCCCCAGCGGCAGCGGCAAGACGACGCUGCUGGAUCUGCUGGCGGGGCGCAAGACCGCGGGCCGCGCCACGGGGGAGAUCCUGUUCGCCGGCAACAAGCCCACGCGCGCCUUCCUGCGGCGGUACACCGGAUACGUGGAGCAGUUUGACACGCUGCUGCCGGGCCUGACUGUGGAGGAGAUGCUGCUGUACACGGCGGAGCUCACGCGGCCGCGGCAGGAGGGGCGCGCAGCCAAGAGGGACGCGGUGGAGGAGCUGCUGGACAAGUUGGCCCUGACAACGUGCCGCGGGGUCAAGAUAGGCAACCCCCUGGAGAAGGGCAUCAGCGGGGGCCAGGCCAAGCGCACCAACAUCGGCAUCGCGCUCAUCACCAACCCGCGCGUCCUCAUGCUGGACGAGCCCACCAGCGGCCUCGACAGCUUCACGGCCAACGAGGUGAUCUCCCUGGUCAAGGGUCUGACGUCAGAGGGCGUCACCAUUGUGGCCACCAUCCACUCCCCAACCGCCUACGCCUUCUCCCUGUUCGACAGGCGCGCUCCGCUCAGGGUCUGCUCCCUGAUGAUGCUGGUGAAAGGCCGCCUGGUGUACUUUGGGGCCAGCGGCGCCCCCGCCGUCGAUUACAUGCGCUCGCUCCCGGCCGCGCACACCAGCGGCCUCUCCUACCAACCCAACCUCAACGAAGUGGUGCGCUUGGGCAUCGGCUUUGGCUCUAUCCUGUUGCCUUUGGCUGCUUAUUGUGUGGUUCACGAGGAGUGGUUUGUGGACCUGUUUGCCCUGGCGGACCGCCGCGGCGACGCGGCGGUGUUUGCGGAUGCGUACGAGGCGUCAGAGCUCAAAAAGGUGACGGAGAAGCGCGUGUCCCAGCUGGUGUCUGAGCGCCACCUGGUGCCGUCUGCGGUGGCGCGUGAGCUGGCGGUGCGGCACGCCACCGUGACGCCGUGGUGGUGGUCGCUCUGGGUGCUGCUGCGGUACCGGACGUUCCUCAACUGGCGGGACCCCUCAUUCCUGGCCGCCAGGCUGGCGGACAAGGUCGUCAUGGGGGCGCUGCUGGUGACGCUCUUCUGGGGCAUGGGUGCGGACUUUUCGCUGGAAAACUACCUGAACAUUGCCGCGCUGCUCUUCAUGUGGUGCACCAUCCCCGCCUUCGGGGCCGCGACCUUUGUGCCCUCACUCGUGAUGGAGCGGCCGCUGUUUGUGAGGGAGCGGCACGACGGGCUCUACAGGGUGUCCACGUACCUCAUGAUGAAGAUGAUAGAGGAGAUCGGCAUCGCGAUUGUGGGCAGCAUCAUGAUGGCGGUCAUCGUGUACUUUGGGGCCAAGAUGCAGGGCAGCUUCCUGGUGGUCUGGAUGGUUUACUUUGCGACACUCUGCGUCGGCAUCACAAUGGCCUACUCCAUCUCAGCGCUGUGCCCCACCAUAGACGUCGCCAACGCGGCCCUGCCGACCUACGUGGCCACGCUGACGUUUGUGUCCGGCUUCAUUAUCCGCUUCGACAACAUACCCGUCUGGUGGAGGCUCUGCCCCCGCAGCUCUGCCCCCGCAGACAAUUCUGCGCGCUCCUACCGGGUAUCGCGGGGGCGGCCGCGCCGCGACCUGCGGGCGGGAGACGCGCUUUGGAACGGUCCCUGA